AGAUGAAUGAAUGCAUAAAUUUUCGAAUAACGGUCUGUGAUCAUGGUUGACUGGCUGCUUGCCUCUGUUGCUGCGGCGUGUAUUGGGACGACAUAUGCUCAGCCAUCGCCAGAAGUUCAAGUACGUAUCGGUGCUGCUAUAACAGCUGCCCAGGCAUCCAACUCCACGGAUAUUGACUACACUGCUUUCGUUAAUCCUUUUAUCGGAACUGAUUACACCAACUAUGGGGACGUCUGCCCCGGCGCGUCGGUGCCCUUCGGAAUGGUCAAAUUCACGACCGACUUCACAGGCUACGCGCCAGCGGGGUACAUCUCCGAUCCGUCCCAGAAAGCUCGCGGUAUGAGCCCGCUGCACGACAGUGGCACAGGGUCUUCCCUCGGGACGUAUGGCAACUUCGAGGUCAUGCCCCUCCUUUGUCCCGGAGGAUUCGACACGUGCACGACUACGCUGUCCGCACGCGAGAGGUACAGGAAGAACGAUUCGGAUGACGCAUCCCCUGGAUACUUUUCGACAACUCUGGAUAAUGAUAUCAAGAUGGAGGCUACGUCGACGCGUCGUGCUGGGCUGGAGCGCUUCACGUUCCCGGCGGGCUCAAAACCGUACUUCGUGCUUGACCUUGCAAAUGACUUGCCGGCGUCAUUUGCAGGUGGAACCCUCGAUAUUGACCCAAAGAAUGGUCGUAUCACCAUUGGUGGCCACUACGGCUCCAGCUUCGGUCCCGGUGUCUAUCACUACCAAGCAUUUGCUUGCUAUGAUCUCUUGAACAGCGGAACUCAGAAGCUAAGUGAAUAUGGCGUCUGGACCGGAGAUACCUACGGCCUCGACGCAAAAGGACUCGGCCAGACCCACCUCAAUCUUUCUCAAAACAUAAUAGGCGGUACACCCUACCAAUCCGGUGCACUCUUCUCAUAUGAGGGCAAUCCAGAGCAAGUGAUCCUUCGCGUGGGCGUUUCAUUCGUAUCGACAGACCAGGCCUGCGCCAAUGCUGAGGAGGAAAUUGGCACAAGUUCCUUUGAGAAAAUACAGACGGCGUCCAAGGCUCUUUGGCAGGAGAAGCUCAGCAAGAUCGAGAUUGAUAUUGUAAACACGCCACCUAAUGUCACGGAGAUGCUUUAUUCUUCGUUGUACCGCGCGUCAUUGACUCCUAAUAAUGCUACUCUAGAAACUCAAGGCGCGUUUGCGAACACGACAUCAUUCUACUUCGACUCUCUUUACUGCAGCUGGGACACGUUCCGAACCUUCUACCCCCUCAUGACUCUUCACUCUCCCGUCGAAUUUGCGCAAAUUGUGGACACCUAUAUCGACGGCUGGCGUAAGCUCGGCUGGAUGCCAGAAUGCCGCGCGAACAACCUACCUGGGUGGACCCAAGGCGGGUCAAGCGGCGAUAACAUCGUCGCGCAAUUUGCGGUGAACUAUCACAAUGAGGCGAAAGCGCUGGGAAUCGACCUCGACGAGCUGUACGCCGCGGUCGUUACGGACGGGCAAGUCAAUCCACCGGAGUGGAAUACUAUGGGCAGGCAGGUCAAUGUUUAUAAACAAUUUUCAUACGUACCCUUUGCUGUUCUAGAUACUGGAAGCACGGGUAGACAGACCAGGGAAGGAAGUAGAACUCUCGAGUAUGCAUUCGAGGACUUCGGUAUUCGCCAGGUAGCACUGGCGCUUAACAAAACAGAUGAUGUCGAAUACUAUACGAACCGGUCAUAUUGGUACCGCAAUGUUUGGGACCCAACCGUGGACAGUGAUGGAUACGAGGGAUUCAUGCAGAAAAGAUUCUCCAACGGAACCUUCUAUUACACCGACCCUGUCGACUGCUCGCCGCUGGACACCAGGAGCAGUCGAGAGUGCUCGCUUCAGGAAGAUAACUUGAGCGGUUUCUACGAAUCAUCGUCGUGGGAGUAUAGCUGGUAUGCACCACAUGAUACGGAGCACUUGAUUGAGCUCAUGGGAGGAAACACAACAUUCAUGAAUCGAUUGGACCAUUUCUUUGAUAAAGGAUAUUACCAGGCGGGUAACGAGCCUUCUUUCCAGACACCUAUCGGAUACCACUAUGCAAACCAACCUUGGCGCUCCGUUGACCGUGUCCGUGAUGUUGUGAUAAAUAACUUCAAUUCCGGUAAAGUUGAGAAGCUCUGGCUGAUAUGGGGUGAUGCUGAUUCAGAUACAGGCACUGCGGGUCUUCCUGGAAACGACGAUCAGGCUGCAAUGGCAACACUUCUCGCGUUCCAUCUCUUAGGGCUCUACCCAGUUCCCUCAACAACGCAUUACCUCAUUAUUUCCCCCUUCACGCCAAAAUACACCAUCCACAACUCCUACCUUAACACCAGCACUACGGUAACUGUGACCAACUACUCUGCUGCGUCUGUAGCAUACCCGAUACCCGAUGGUGUGCCCGCGUACGUGGAAAGUGUGAAGAUCAAUGGGGUGCAAGCGAAAAGUAGAUGCUACAUUGAUUUCUACGAUACGUUUAGAGUGGGUGGGGAGAUUGAGAUAGUUGUCACGAAGGACAAGAAGUAUGAUUGCGGUGGGCGUGUACCGGAAAGUCUGUCGACGGGUGGAUUUGCUUAUGCACGGUAGAUGUUCGAACAAUAGAAUGAGUUGAUGAUGACCGUGUUCUUUGUGUGAAUUAAUGAGAUAACGCGCUUUCGACAGCCUAGCACAGCGGAUUAAAUGUUUCAGCGGAGAAGUUGGUCUCCCCUAGUCAGCCAUAUAAGUGGAAGAAGGAAAAUAGUCGUUCC